GUUGGUGAUAAGGUAAUGGUCCUGGCUAGGUCAGGGCUCUGGCAAGAAGUGGUGAAUGUGCCAGCCAGUCAGACUUUCUUGAUGCCUGAGGGGAUGAGCUUUGAGGAAGCUGCUGCUCUUCCUGUCAACUACAUCACUGCCUACAUGAUCCUGUUUGACUUUGGAAACCUGAGACCCAACCAGAGUGUCCUCAUCCACAUGGCUGCAGGUGGUGUGGGAACUGCUGCCAUCCAGCUGUGUAAGACUGUAGAAAAUGUCACCAUUUUUGGCACAGCAUCUGCCGCCAAGCAUGAUUCACUCAAGGAGAGUGGGGUCGCUCACCCUAUUGACUACAGAACAAUGGAUUAUGCAGAGGAGGUCCGGAAAAUCUCUCCCAAAGGUGUUGAUAUUGUCCUGGACCCCCUGGGAGGAUCCGAUACGUCCAAAGCAUUUAACCUGUUGAAGCCAAUGGGCAAAGUCAUCACUUACGGGGUAGCAAACCUGCUCACUGGACAGAAGAAGAACCUCAUGGCUAUGGCUAAAACCUGGUGGAACCAGUUCAGCAUCAAUGCCUUGCAGCUCCUGCACCACAAUAAGGCUGUGUGCGGCUACCACCUUGGAUAUAUCACUGAAGAAUAUGAGCUUGUUGGAGGUGUCGUAGCCAAGCUGCUUGACCUGUACAGUCAAGGCAAAAUCAAGCCCAAAAUAGACUCUGUAUGGCCCUUUGAUCAGGUGGCAGAUGCCAUGAGGCAGAUGCAAGAGAAGAAGAAUGUUGGAAAGGUCAUUCUGGUUCCUGAAGCACCCAAGGAAGAAUCCAAAAAAGAAGAAAACUGAAGAGAAGAAACGUGUGAAGAUUGUGCAUUCAUGGUUUAACUCCCUGAUCUCUUUGGGACCUGGAAAUGGACAGAUCAGUAGCUUCCAUCUUCACCAGUACAAGAACAUCAUGAUUAAAGUUCAGAUGAGGUUUGCAUGCUCUCCUUGUGACUGACCCUUUGCC